AUGAACAUCGCAGAUCCAUUAUCACGACUGUGCAUAAUCUCAGAUUGCAAAAAGACCAAUGACGACGAACAUGUCAACCAGAUUGUAGAAAAUGCUAAACCAUGCGCAAUUUCUUUGACCGAAAUUAAAAUGCAUUCAGAGCAAGAUUCGGAAAUACUAGAAUUACCAAUUCCGCCAGCUCCUAUGAAACGUCGGGAACUCCUAGAUGCACCUUGGGUGGAUAUAGCAAUGGAUUUACUAGGGCCAUUACCCAGCAAUGAUUAUUUAUUAGUCGUAGUAGAUUAUUAUAGCCGUCACAAGGAAGUGAAGAUAACGAAGACCAUUACUAGUUGUAAUAAUCAAGCUAUUGAAAGAAAUAUUUGGCAGCCUAGGGAAAACACCAACAAAAUUGUUUUACAAAAGACAGAACUUAGAGGCAAAAAUAAAGAACAAAAAGAGAGAGGAAAAGAACACGGAGACAAAAGAAGAAAGGCACAGAAUGUGGAUUUGAGCGGAGGAGACAGAGUUUAUGUAAACCAAAUGUCACAAGCUUGCCCCAAAUUAUAA